CUCUUUCUAAGUGUGGCUUUAUUGUUUUGACAGGAUCAUCUACUUUCAAAAAAUCACUCACCUCAGAGAUGCCAGGUUCUUCUGGACAGCCGGGCUCACAGACAAUAAAGAAGGGGCAUAGAGGAGUGGAUUCCACAGGGGAGACGACCUAUAAAAAGACAACCUCAUCUGCCUUGAAAGGUGCCAUUCAGCUGGGCAUUACACACACAGUUGGAAGCUUGAGCACCAAGCCUGAAAGAGACGUUCUCAUGCAAGAUUUCUACGUAGUAGAAAGUAUUUUCUUCCCAAGUGAAGGGAGUAACCUGACCCCAGCUCAUCACUACAAUGACUUCCGGUUCAAAACCUAUGCUCCAGUGGCGUUUCGCUAUUUCCGGGAGCUGUUUGGGAUCCGACCAGAUGACUAUCUGUACUCGCUCUGUAAUGAUCCGCUCAUUGAACUUUCAAACUCUGGGGCCAGCGGAUCCCUCUUCUAUGUAUCCAGCGAUGAUGAGUUUAUCAUCAAAACAGUUCAGCACAAAGAGGCAGAAUUCUUGCAGAAGCUGCUACCUGGCUACUACAUGAACUUGAACCAAAACCCAAGGACGCUGCUGCCAAAGUUCUAUGGCUUGUACUGUGUCCAGGCCGGGGGCAAGAACAUCCGCAUUGUCGUGAUGAACAACCUACUGCCACGCUCUGUGAAAAUGCAUCUCAAGUAUGACCUGAAGGGCUCCACCUACAAACGCCGAGCGUCCCAGAAGGAGCGAGAGAAGGUCUUUCCAACCUACAAGGACUUGGAUUUUAUGCAGGACAUCCCUGAUGGCCUGUUCUUAGACUCUGACAUGUAUAAUGCUUUGUGCAAAACAUUACAGAGAGACUGUUUGGUCCUGCAGAGUUUUAAAAUCAUGGAUUACAGUUUGCUUGUGGCAAUCCAUAACAUUGAUCAGGCACAGAGAGAGCAUGCGAUGGCAGAUGGGACAUCCCAGAGUGAUAUGCGGCGACCAGCUGCCCAGAAGGCCCUGUACUCCACAGCCAUGGAAUCUAUCCAAGGAGAGGCCCGGCGAGGUGGCACCAUAGAAACAGAUGACCAGAUGGGAGGCAUUCCAGCCCGCAAUGCAAAGGGGGAGAGACUUCUUCUGUACAUUGGCAUUAUUGAUGUAUUGCAGUCCUACAGAUUUAUCAAGAAGUUGGAGCACUCUUGGAAAGCUCUUGUACAUGACGGGGACACUGUAUCUGUGCACAGACCCAGCUUCUAUGCCGAAAGGUUCCAACGGUUCAUGUGCAACAUAGCGUUCAAGAAAAUACCAUUAAAGCCUUCCCCUUCUAAGAAGAGCCGGUCUGGCACAGCAGUUCCUCGGAGGAGCUGUCAAGGAGGAGCGCCUUCUCUGUCUCACAUGUCAUGUGAGACAAAAGCACAAGUAACAACAGAGGUGGAUGUGGAGCAAGAUCUCCUGCCCAGGAUGCUGCCAGUAGAUGAAGCUAACAGUGACUCGGUUGCAACGACCCUGUCCACCUCUUCCUUGGGCAGCGGAGGCCUCAACUCGCCCGCGAAUAGGUCAGUGGGCGUACAAGUGCAUAACGCUGACAGCUCAGCAAAGGAUUUGCCUAGAACAGCUCCCGGCAUCUUCUUGCCUAGUGGCUCCCCAGGGCCUUCCAUACCAGAGUGCUCCUCAGAACUGAGAGAACAGUUUGAAGAUCUGCAAGAGACAGAGAUAAGCUUUGUGAGUACUUCCCUUUUAGGGAGGAAAUGAGCAGCUCUCUAGGUGGAUGGAUGAUUACAAGGGUUACUUUGGCUUCUUGUUCUGCUGUUCCCCACAGGUGCUUAGUGAGAUCUGCUGCCCUCAAAAGCCUUAAAUUAAAUAAGUUGAGAGGCAAAGCGGAGGCAGUUCGCUUUCCUGAGGUCCCAGAGCGGGUCUGAUGGCAGAGAUAAAACUGGGUGAAUCUGACCAAACUCAUCUUGCUGUCCCAGUGGAGAAUGAUUAAAUACUCACAGACCCACCUGUUUUAAUAUAAGGGCAUGGUUCCGAAAAGGGUACAAAAGCCUGAACACAACUGAACUCAACAGCUCCCUUCACUUUGCCUCUCCUAGGGUGGGGAAGGCAAAGGAGAUCUCAUGCUGCCCUUCCUCAGAGGAAGGCAGACUCCUCUCCAGCGUCUCCCCUCUUUUCUCUUCACAGUGAAGCAACACCGAGAUGAUUGCGAUGGAAGCCAAUUGUUCUGUGCUCUGCGUGAUCUGUGGAGUCUGACAAACGUUCAGCCCUUGUUGCUGAUCUAUUUUAUUUUUUUAGAAAUCUUAUCUGGACAGAAACCUAGAAGCUGGAAGGCUGGGCUACACUGAGUGGGAUAGUAUUAACAAAGACCAAGUCAGCACAGCUGAGCCUUGGAUGCCUUGGAAGUCUCCUUAUAGCAGAGCCCUCAAGGUUUGACUGUGUAUCUGUGCUGUCCUCCUUUCUCUGAAGCCUGGCGGGAGCGGAGCAGGUUGUCAGGAGGAGGAGGAAAUUCUCUGCAUGGGCUCAAGACCUCUGGAAAAGGGAUUGAUCUGACUUUCAGGGAAUUAGCUGCUUAUGAUGCCAACAUCACAAACCUGGCAAGAACGGGCAACUCGUCAGAGUACUGGGGGGAAACAGGUGUUAAAGCCUUGUUGGGGCAGUUUGUGACAGAGCAAUGUGGUUUUAUUUUGUAUUUUAAAACAAUUUUUCAAUUUAAAUGUUCCUUUGAAUUCAGUCAUAUCAACUUUUUUUUUAGUCCUGCAAUAUAGUCACUUUUUUUUAUAAAUAGGCUUCUCAGUGUUCCACUAAAAAAAGUAUCCCAUGUGAGAGAGGCAGAAAGGGGGAGUGGAAGCUGUGAGUGUGUGUGUUUCCCCCCUGCUCCCCACCAGCCAUUCUUGGUUGCAGGAUUCUCAACCUUGCAUCAUCCUGAGACAGUGACAUGGAGAGCUAGGCACUUCAUUGCAAUGUGUUGCUCAGAGGACUUUGAAUGUGCAAAAGCUUUUAAGAUGUCAGGGAGGUUUUGGAUUGCUCUGUCCCCUGUUUUUUUUUUUUAAGCUCACCUUUACCUGUUCCCUUCCCCACAAAGCAAGGAGUAACAUGAAGGGAGAUCUUUGUAACGGGCACACUUUUUUUUAAGCCUUCAGUAUUUCUUAAGCAAAUGGACCAAACCUAGCCUGCUCAGCUCCCUUCCACUGCCCUCCACCCUGCUGUUACGUCCUUUUGUGGGCACCACUUGCAAAAACCUCACAGUUUUUAUAGCUUGGCUCCCUUUUGAUAACUCCACUUGUAUCUUAGCCAGCGUUGUGGAGCCAUGAUUGACACCAGUGUUCUCAAUGGCUUGAAAUUGAGAUUCCUACAUAACUGGCUGCUGGUUCUGUGUGUUGUGACAGACUUUUGCCUCUGCAAAAGUAUGGUGCACCUUGAGCCUGAGGAUGCUGAGGGCUCCUGUCUAAUU